UAAAACAAAACCACAUGUGCCAAAAAAAGCGAGAAAAAAAAAGCAUGCAAUUCCUAGAUUUCCAGAUUUAAUGAAUGAGGGGGAAAAAACUACCACAAAUGAGUGAACUAAACAAUUGCAGAUAAAAUAAUGAAUUAACUGUAAAUAGUAACUGUUAUAAAAGCAAAUGUACGAAGGGCUAAUAAAUCUGUCAAUACUGUGCUGCAAAUGAGUGAAUAAAACAAAUGUGCAACCCUGCAAAUAAAUAAACUCUCACACAAAUUGAUUAAAACAGAAUACAACACGCAAAGCUUGAUCAAUAACAUACAAAAAAAAAACAUAAAAAAGGUUCUAGAAAUAAAAUGCAUGCUUCUUUGUAAAUAGUAACAGCAGUCGAAAGCACAGAUUGAGCGUCAGGGCGCGCGCUCUGCCAGCAGGCGCCGCUGUGGGCGCGCUCUGAGCCGGAAGCGGAAGCGGAAGCAGCAGCCGCGGCGCAGCGGGGUCGCAGCAGUGAUGAUGGCGGUGAGGGCUUCAGCGUUCAGAUGGGUUUCAGAGGACAUCAUCAACACACACUACCUGGCGAACAGAUUCACUCUUCGGACGCAGCAGAGGUGUGGCUUCCGCAAAGUAGUGAAGAAGGCGGAGCCGAAGAAGGGCGCGGCGGAAGAGGCGGAGCAAAAUGAAAUCCUACACAAGAAGGGCGUGGCUCCCGCUCCGGACCCGCCCGCCCCACAUGCUCCCUCCAGAUCGUUUGGCAGGCUGGUCAAACCAUUCGUCUUCACCGUAGGGUUUACAGGUUGUUCGUUCGGCGGAGCGGCGAUAUGGCAGUACGAAAGUCUCAAAUCCCGCGUGCAGAGUUAUUUUGACGACGUCAAAACGGACUGGCUGAAGAAGAUACGGCCCCAGAAACAAGGAGAUUUACGCAAGCAGGUGAAUCAGUGGUGGAACAGUUUAAGUGACGGGCAGAAAACAGUCACAGGCAUCAUUGCAGCGAACGCGUUGGUGUUUUGUUGUUGGAGAGUUCCUUCUCUGCAGCGCACCAUGGUCAAGUACUUCACAUCUAACCCCUCCUCCAAGGCGCUGUGUUGGCCCAUGCUGCUCUCCAUCUUCAGUCACUAUUCUCUCUUCCACGUGGCGGCUAACAUGUACGUGCUGUGGAGUUUCUCCUCGAGCAUCGUCAACAUGAUGGGAAAAGAGCAGUUCGUGGCGCUCUACCUCUCCGCAGGUGUGGUCUCUACCUUCGUCAGUUACGUGUGCAAAACAGCGACCGGGCGGUUCGGUCCUUCCCUGGGAGCGUCAGGGGCCAUCAUGGCCGUCCUAGCAGCCGUUUGCACCAAAAUGCCUGAAGCCAAAUUGGCCAUCAUCUUCCUCCCCAUGUACACCUUCACCGCCGGAAGCGCUCUCAAGGCGAUCGUCGCCUUGGAUACCGCAGGCUUGAUUCUGGGAUGGCGUUUUUUUGAUCAUGCAGCUCAUUUAGGUGGAGCUUUAUUCGGCAUCUGGUACAUCGUUUACGGUCACGAGCUCAUCUGGAAGAACAGAGAGCCGCUGGUGAAGAUGUGGCAUGACUUCAGAUCCAGAGGCCCCGGCGCUGGCGGCAACGGCUCGAUUUAGAGCCAUGCAUCGUGGGUAGACGCUGAGCAGGUGACAUGAAGAAAAAAAACAAUCUGAGAAAUGGACACGGACACACUGACGCAGAUGCACUUGAAGCUCGUACUCAGUUUUUUUGUUCUGUGAGAGAGUCAUAGAGUGAGGUCCGUUUCAGUCACGGCGAGUAACUUUAGUAUUGCUGUGAUGUCAUUAAGCCCCGCCUCCGCUUCCAACUAACCCCACCCACUCGGUUAAAAAUGCAAACGUAACCUAAGGGGCGGGGCUUCGGCACACAGCCCUAAGGGCGCUAUACGCCUCAGUGACCUUGUACAGAAACUUAAAUGUUUAAAUAGUCUGUAACUGUCAUUUUGAGAAAUAAAAUGAUUUAAAAGUCA